AUGGCCGUCGUCUUCCCGCCGGGCCCCCUCCGCCACAUAACCCCUCUGGCAGAGUCUGAGGCUGCUGCUGCUGCUCGCCAUGCGCUAGCCAAUCUAUCCUUGCCCGGCCUGCAGCAGCCUGCGCCCGCCAGCCUCAUUGGUCUCGUUGUUUCCCGUCUCGCCGCCAACUGGGCCUUCCACCGUGUCUUUGACCAGCACUACUUGUACGACAUUCCCUGUCAUCUCAAGCCAGCACUAAUGCGGGAGCUCGCUGUUUACAGCCCUGCCGGCCUUGCUCUCGGCGACAUCAAGGCCCUGCUCAUGCGUCCAAGCCAUGGCGACAACAACAGCAGCCAUCAUGCAGGGGGGUCGCCUCUCUUCUCGGCUGUCGACCCCGAAAUUACUGCGCUGGACCUCACUGGGUCCUUGGGAAGAUCACUAACCCUGAGGGAUGUGACUACCCUGCUCUUCCCCGCUCCGCCGACCUCGCCGAUCCCAGACAACGCUCAAGAUUCCUGGGAUGUUAGUGAGGACGUUCCCGCUGCCUGUCUUUCCCAUGCACUUGUGCCCAAUCUAACGCACAUUUCUCUCGCAAUUAACCCCGAACAAACUGAUAACGUGUCAUGGCGCGACCUCCUUGCCCUGGCUCCUCGACUGGGCUCAAUCACGCACCUCAGCCUAGCCUACUGGCCCGAACCUUGCCUCUUGCCAAGUGCCAAGUUUGCAACCGUCGGCUCUCCGCAAGGCUACCAUAUCCCAUACGGUGGAACGAGCUACUAUUCGCAUUCGAUAGACCAUGACUGGAGUGAGGCGCUGUUGGUACUCAAGAAGCUGAGCCAGAGCCUCUAUACCCUCGAAUUUUUAGAUCUCACUGGAUGUGCCUCUUGGUUUCAGGCUCUGAAGCUCGAAGAUGGACAUGAUUAUGUGGACUGGGUCAGUAACUGGGGAAAGAUUACACAUCUCCGCCUCAAGAUGGGCUGGUCUUUGACAGAUGAUGCUCUACCUGCAACCAUAGCCUCGCACCGCGACGCGGCCGCAUUGGCCUUAUCCAUCGAGAGGCACAUUACUGCUGCUAGGGGCGGUAGAGGGCGCUUCAUCACAGUCGAACGAUGA